AUGUCCGAGUCUAGUUAUGAAGAAAAAGUGAAUCCUGUUGCAACUGUCGAAUGUCGUAUUGGUGAUCAAUAUGAUAUUAAUAGCCAGUCAUCUAAUUCGUGUAAAAGGUACAAUGAUGGCUUGCUGGUUGGAGAUAUUGACAUACACUACUCGUCAUUUAAAAGUUUGGACCCUUCUUCAUUCAUAUACAAGAUGUCAGAAAGGAUGGAUGACUGGAACCCAUCUGAAUCAUGGAAGAGAAUAACUUUCAUCAUGAUGAUUCAUGCCGGCCAUCAAAAUAAGGAUAUUAUGACUGCUGCCCAAUGCUCCCUGAACACAGUAAAAACAAUCGGGCAUGAACUAGAGACUUGCAAUGGUGACUACGAGGAUGUAGCAAGAAGAAAGAUCCCUGGCAGACGAUCUGAUUGCGUUUAUUUUUAUCCAGAUCUAAGAGCCAUGCUGAAGACUGCUCUUUUUAUUGUCAUCUUUCACAGCAUUUCAUAUUCGGUAUUAUGUCAGACAUGUCCAAAAGAGUGGAUAGAUUUCUCAGAUUCAUGCUACAAGUUCACCAGAACACCUUUAAGGACCCGUGAUGAAGCCCAAGAUAUAUGUAGAAGUUACAAUACUGAUUUAGUUGCUGUAAAUACAUUAGAAGAACAUUAUUUUAUAGUUGGUUGGCUACGAGAAAAUGAUCCUCAACAUCGAAGGUGGUUUACAAGUGGACGUGAUGAUGGUGACAAUGUAUGGGUCUGGGAUAGUGAUAACAGUUUGUUCAGUGAUGUAGAUGCCUUGUUUUUACCCAUGCAAAAUACAUCAUAUUCACGCUAUGCUGCUUAUAACUACUCUGAGUUGGCUAACAAGUGGGGCCUUCAAAAAGUGGAUGCCACUGAAUUGAUGGCUUAUAUAUGUGAAGUUUCUAAGCAGAACUUGCACCAAAUAAUUAUUGCAGAGAGAGAUAUUG